AUGGGACUCCUCAGCUCACUUUUCAGAACCAUCAAAGUCUUCUUUGCUGUGUGUCUGUUCUAUUUCAAAUUAGGAUUCAUCUACCUUGCAAGGUGGUAUGAGCCUGCUUUGCGCACCCGAGGGAACUACAAUCACACAAUCAUUGUUCUUGGCGAUGACCAUGCACUUGGUGUUGGCGGCUACAGCACUAUCAUGGCUGGAUCAGGUGUCGCCCAUAAGUUGGCUCGAGAAGUAGCCAAGGAAAAUUCGAUUCGCCAAUCAUGGCAGAUCUUCAAUCGCGGAGAAUACAAGGCCAGUACUGAGGACUGGCUCCAUCCUGCAGAUUCAAAACGGAAGGAGAGACCAGGACUGCUAACAAACUUGCUUCAAGAUCCUAAAUAUCUCAAGGCUGAGAUUAUUAUCAUAAUGCUUGGGUCCUAUGACGCACUGCAAAAAGAUCCGUCAUUGACCCCUCAGGACACGCUUCGCAACUUGGAAUUGAUUUGUCAGACAUUAAGGAGGAGUGGCAAUGAAAAUAAGUCAAUCUAUCUCUGCACUAUCCCCACUGCUGGCGAUGAUACCCAUCUAAGCGAAGAUAAAAGAGCCGACAACUUGCUGAGAAAUCAAUUAGUUGAAGCCUAUCUUAGCAAAAAUACCGAUGGUGUGCUUCCCGGACUACAGAUUGACUUGGCAGGCAAUUUUGAGAUGAAGCGUAGAAACUUGUAUUGGCAGGACGACAGACAUUUUAGUGACAUUGGGUAUGCCAAAAUUGCCAAGGACUUAUUCGCUGUGAUCAGAUCAGAUAUGGUUAAGAGAGAAUUUGCUCUCAUUCGAGCAGACCUUGGUCUUUCAUGA